UGGCGACCGGUGACUGCCUGCUUGAACGCGGGAAGCUGUCUCUUGGGCUGAUUGACGUCGGAUUGCGUGUAGCCAGUGCGUGCAGCCGAUGCAUCGCCAGCACGGGCUGCACAUCCCCUGUGCGCUCGAGACACGGCUUCGAUGCGUCAUCUGGUCUUUGCCCGAGACCCCAAACGUGCACCGGCCGAUUGUAGGCAGGGAAGCACGGAGUUACCUCCGCGCCGGCAAUGUGCAACUGACGUCCGAAUUUGUACAUGAACUGGGCAGGCCCGAUACUGCCGUCUCCCACCUCCCGACCCAACUUCUGUCUCCUAUCCGUGAACCCUCGCGGGUGCAUGAUGCAUCGGGGCGACAUGCCGUUUCCUCGUGGUGGGGUGAGGUGAGCACCAUUGGCUGCCUAGGCUUGGACGACCGGAACUGCCAUCAUGGCUGUUUCAUGUCGACAGAUGUACAAGAGCAAAGGAAAUACAGCGUGGCUCAAAGUCAUUCGUCCCUCGGGAAUAGCAGAUACGUUGCUACAGAAUUGUUCGCAUUCAACUUGCAAGGAAUGAUUCUGUCGGCUGCUCGUCCCAAACAACAAAGCAAGACCGAAAAUUGGCAUUGAACAAUGAGGGGAACAAAGCGCCCGCGCCCGAAAAGAAGAGAAGAUAGCCCUCCAUGCACCGAACGAGCUCCUGGCUCGAGCUACUGCCGAUACGUGGUUCUGAAGACGUUGGACGGGUCGAAUUCCUGCUUGAAGAUUUCAUAUUCCGAAGGGCCCCCUUUGUUUCCGGGUUGACUGGUCUCUAUGGCAAAGACCACGUUGGCGAAGGCACCCUGAAACUCUUCUUCGUGAAACAACAAGCCUUUCCACAUCUUGGCCACUUCCGCAGCAGGAUUACGGA